AUGCUGUAUAACGUACUUGCACAUUCGCACGCCAAGGACCCGAUUCUAACUGUUUGUUUAUCCGUGUUUCUUUCACAGUCGUCGGCAUCUGCCGAGGCUCUCGAGGAGUUGAUCGCCCAUGCCACUCAGCAGGACGAGCGACCUGCAGGACGCCGACUCGAACUUUCGCGUCGUCUACAUGAGUACCAGGCAACUGCUAUCGAACGCGCUGCUGAGGUCCACGCGACGGCUGUGGUCCACCCGAACGCAGAGCUGGGGCCUAACGUCCUCGUCGGACCAUAUUCCGUCAUCGGACCAGAUGUGGUGCUAGAGGCUGAUGUUCGGCUUCAGAGUCACGUGGUGAUCGACGGCAAGACGCGAGUCGGGAGCGGCACUGAGAUUCACCCGUUUGCGAGCUUGGGAGGAGAACCGCAGGAUAAAAAACAUCAAUUAUUCGAUAAGGACGAGUACGAAGACUGGACGCUGACUAUUGGCAGUAAUUGCGUCAUCCGGGAGCAUGUUACAGUGCACGGUAGCACGUCGUACUCGCAGGCCCCGACAUCCGUAGGAGACGAUUGCUGGCUGCUGUGUGGAGCGCACGUGGCUCACGACUCGCAGGUGGGUCGACGAGUUGUGGUCUCGAAUAACGUGUGCCUUGCUGGCCACGUGUCGAUUGGAGAUUGCGCAGUUAUUGGCGGACAAGUUGGCAUCAAGCAGCAUGUGAGUGUGGGUCCGUUGGCGAUGGUGGGAGGUCAGAGUGCCGUGGAUGGAGACGUUCUGCCGUUCGGGUUGGUUGUUGGGAACCGUGCGAAGCUUGCUGGACUGAAUCUGGUCGGGCUACGUCGUGCUGGCGUGUCUAGAAACAACAUUAAGCUGCUACUGCGAGUAUAUCGCUACGUGUUUGGUGCGCUUUCAUGCAAGAGAACGGGGUUUGCACCUGCUCUGGAAGAGACUGUCGUUGAACGUGCGUUGGAAGCGAAACAGUUUUUUAUAAACGAAGGACUCGACAGUGAGCGGAUACCGAUGGUACAUGAGAUGGUGGACUUUGUGGUGACGUCUCCACAGCGCUAUUCAUCGUUGUGUCAGGCGUCUCCUCCGCAUUAG